AAUUCCCAUCCCAGUCCCUCCCUCCUGCAUAGCCUGACGUCACAGGGAAGGCGUGUGUGAGUGAGUGAGGGGCCGAGGUGCCUCCCGCACACCACACACACACACACACACACACACACACACACACACACACACACGCCACUGAGUACAUCAUCCAGACCUGACCCUUGCCAGCCAGCUCCGCAGUCCGGAGAUAGGGCGCUGCCCACUACAGGAGGCAGUGCCUGGCCCCCCGCUGCCAGGGCGAGACGGAGUCCAUAGCUGGUGAAACCACUGAGCAGGGCAAGGCUGGGCCCUGCCCAAAAGGAUCCCAGAGUCCUUCACCAGCCCCUGUGCCCCAGAGCCUUCCAGGCUCUCGCACUGACGCCACCAUGACGUCAGAGCCGACAUCACCCCCAGUGGUGCCGCCUCUCCACUCCCCCAAGUCCCCUGUCUGGCCCACUUUCCCCUUCCACAGGGAGGGAAGCAGGGUCUGGGAACGUGGUGGUGGUAUUGCACCUCGGGACCUGCCCAGCCCUCUGCCUACCAAAAGGACCAGGACAUACUCAGCGACAGCUAGAGCCUCUGCUGGCCCCGUGUUCAAAGGUGUCUGUAAGCAGUUCUCACGCUCACAAGGCCAUGGCUUCAUCACCCCGGAAAAUGGUUCUGAGGACAUCUUCGUGCAUGUUUCUGACAUCGAGGGCGAGUAUGUCCCUGUGGAAGGCGACGAGGUGACUUACAAGAUGUGUCCCAUCCCACCCAAGAACCAGAAGUUUCAGGCCGUAGAGGUGGUGCUCACCCAGUUGGCCCCCCAUACUCCACACGAGACAUGGUCCGGCCAGGUUGUGGGAUCCUAGACAGCUGGGGGGAGUCUCCACGAGGCAGGCAGCGGCCAGCUCUGUGCUCCCACUGCGCUGCUGACCAGCCCUUGGGUGUGCUCGUUUGUCUGUGCUUGUGGCCGUGAAUGUGUGCUUCUGCCCACCUGUGACCCAUGACUUGCGUGAUCUGGCUAGGGUUGGAUGGAGUGCAGCCACCACUUCUGCGUUGGCCUGUUUCUCCUUCCUCCAAUCCUGCCAUGGAAACACAGGACCUUCUCACCCUUUAGCCCACCUAUCUAUAUACUAAGUCUCUG